CCUUGGUCCGCGGCGCCAGCGCCCCGGCUCCUCCAGCCACAGGCUCCGCUGGCGCCCCCCAGGCAGCGCGAGGCCAGGGCCCGCACGACUUGAACGGUUGAGCAGAGUACGUGGCGUCAUGUCAGCCCAAGGGGUGUCGGUGCUGUUAUCGUGGCUGAGUUGCUGUGGCUGGGCUCUGUGGAGGUAUUACACUAACAUCCCAAACUACCAAAUUUUUAGUACCAGAACUGCUAUUACGUUAGAGUAUGAAGGAACAUUAUUUUCUGAGUGGAGCGUGCCAACAGCUUGUUCUGUCAAAAAUAAACGCUCACCCAAGACAGAACUGCGGUGUCCUUCUCCUGGUGUUCAUACCGUAAGACCGAUAGUCAAAGGCCCAGAUUUAGAAGAAGAACGCUAUUUAUCUGUGGAGAGUUCUCAUAUUUGCUUCCUGUGGUGUUAUAGCGUCAUAAAUUUCCCUCACAAUUUAACCCAGAUUUUGACUAUAUGGAUAUUAGAUCCAGAAAAUGCAGACCCAAACGAGCUGCAGGGGAAUGCAAGUGAACCUUCACUAAAUUCCAUUAUACUUAGCAAGCAGUUGGCCGCUUUGGGACAGAAGCCUACCUUACAUACAAUUGUGAAGAGAAACGUUUAUUUUCCCCAAGGAAAAAUGAAGAAUGGGACCUGGCAAAUCUCAGUACCAAUGUCAACAGAUGCAAUAAAGCUGAUCAAAGGAAAUAAAGCGGCUUUUCAAGAUUGCUUUAUUGCAGAUUUGCUUUUCGUGCUGACGUUUCCUUUGUUGACAAUACCUGAGAUUCCUGGCUUUUUACCAAUCUCUUCACCGCGUGGUAGUCAGUUAAUAUCAGACUGGUAUGCUUGCUAUGCCGCAUAUGCUAUUGCGGUAGCCGAUAUGGAGACCUUUCAAACAAAUGAUUCAUUUCGUACUUGGACCAGAAUCAGGGUGCCUCCAAACAUUCUGACUGACGAUGAAAGACACAGUGUGUCUGAUGCGAAGCUAUCCCAGGACGGAAUAUUUUUUCUAAUACGUGGUGCUCUUUACCUAAAAAAUUUUACUGCAUUUACAAGACUGGGCAGCAAUGAAAACCUUCCUGAAGGUGGAAUUAUUGGCAUUACAUCAAGAAAAUGGUGUUGGUUGAAAUAUUACUUGAAGACUAUCAAAGAAAGAAGUAGCAUGAUAAUCUGGACAAGAAAUGAAGUUUAUCUUGGAUAUACUUCUCUUAAAUUUGUCAAAAUAAUGACUACUGAAAAACUGAGGAGAAUUCUAAAUAUAUCACCAGCUGCUACUCUAACUCUACAUAAUGUUGAGUAUACAGGCCACCCUUUGGAACUCGCCUUGUUAUUAAAUUACUGCAUUACAUGCAAUGUCAUUAAACAAAUUUACCUAGUGAUGCAUAAUGAAGACACAAAAGAAUGGGUGCACCAAGACUUUGCAUUAAAUGUCACAUCUGACAGUUUUAUAACUCCAUAUUUUCUCAAUUCAGCAAUUCCACAACUAAUACUAUGGGACAAACAUAGGAUCUACUAUUGUUAUCACAAUUUCACUGAUACUGGAGUUAUACAAACACCUACAGAAUCUGGAAAUCUAUCAAGAUUAUCACAUGACAGCAUUAUCCAUGAGGUUUUUAUGGAUUAUUUUGGAACUAUUUUGGUAAAAAUGGAAAAUAAUGAAAUGUUUUAUUUCAAGAUUUAUAUUAAAGAUGCAAUGAAGCUACAUUUAUGGACAAAUGAUGCAACAAAAUCAUCAAUUCUCUUUGAUAUGUCUAGUCAAAUAUAUCUCUUAUAUGUUUUUGACAAUGGCACAAUAUAUACAAAGGAAUAUCCCUUAAGACUGGAAGUACAAAGUAUAGCUUUCAAAACAAAAGAACAAUGCCCCUUCAUAGCAUUUCAUCAUAAUAUUCCUUAUGGUCAUUCUUCUUUGGACAAGGGAAAGAACAUGACAAUUUGGAUUCAAAUAGUCUAUCCAGAAAAUACUGGUCUGUAUAUUAUUGUGGAAUCAUAUGGCCCAAAAAUAUUAGAAGAGAAAAAUCAUAUUCACUAUGAAAUUGCCUUAGGAUACUGUACUAAAACUAGGACAGUAACAUUUUUUCAGAAUGUAAAUUAUGAGGCGGUGGAUGAUUACUUCCAGUUGCAGUGUCCAGUCCUGGGGGACAUGUGUCAGCCCUACAGCAGUGGGUACCCAAGAAAACAGGCUUAUUCAUGCUCCCACACUCUGUACCCAUGCUCUUGUUCAAGAUAUCCACCUACAGGUCAACUCAUAUUUUUAAUCCGAGUCCAAGUGUUCCGAUUAACUGUUGGCUGUGAUACUAAUAAAUUCAUUGUUGUUAAAGGAUUUAAUGAAAGAGAAUGUCUUCAUCAUGAUUUCUUUUACAUUAUUGAAAAGUCAUAUCUGAGGGAUCAACCAUCUAAAAACUUGAGAGUAAAAUAUAGCUGGAAAAAAUAUGGCUGCCCAUUGAGACUUCAUUUCAGAGAAAAGUUUCACCCUUUGAUUCAACUAUACAAUAACAAUGGUUAUAUUGAAGAUGUGGAAGUGAAUUUCAUAGUAUGGGAAAUACACGGCAGGAAUGACUAUAGCUUUAAUAAUACUAUGAAGAAGAGUGGUUGUUUACAUGAAGCCCAGACAUGGAAGUCAAUGACUGAACUUAAUAAGCACCUCCCAUUAGAAAAGGCUUGGGGACCUGAGAACUAUAAGCACUGUUUUUCUUAUGCUAUUGGAAAACCAGGAGACUUAAAUCAACCAUAUGAGAUUAUCAACAAGUCGAACCAUAACCAUUUAGUGUGGCCCACGCAGCACACUGGAAUGUAUGUGUUUCAAGUGAAGAUCCUGGAUCCAAACUAUAGUUUCUGUCCCCUAAUGGCUGUAUUUGCAAUAGAGAUCUAUGGAACUAUUCCCAGUCCAAAUGGCUACCUGGUUGCUUCUAUUCUUCUCUUCCUGAUGCUACUGUUCUUUAGUAUUCUCAUUUUGAGCUACUUCCAUUAUAUGAGAAUUUAUAGAAAAUAUAUUUAUGCACCAGUUCACAAAGUUAAAAGAAAACUAAAGAAUAAUUAGAGAAAAUGAAAGUUUACCAUGGAUAUAUGUACGUAGAAGGAGUGUGUAUAAUGCUUAUAUGGAGAGCAUGUGUUUGAUCAAGAAAUAUAAAGCAUGAGGUCAUAGUAUAUCAAAUUCAAAAUCUGAAAAACAUUCUUAAAUUACCCAAAGCAGAAAUAUUUUCAUAUACACUGUUAUUAAAUUUAUUCUUAAUGUGUUUGCAUUUAUCUUAAGGUUGUUUAUAUACUCUUAUACAGCUUUAAGACAUAAAUUUUUAAAAACUAAAUUUGGCUAUUACAAUCCUUCCUAAGAAUGAAAGUAAAUUUUGAAAAUGUAUAAAUGUAUCAAAUAUUAUUUUGCAUAAAACUUGUGACACGAAACCUCAUAUGGCUAUCAUUUACCUAUAAAAAAACUUAAUGUGUGUGUAUUUAAAUAAUCUGUCUUAAACAUAUUUCAGAAGUUUUUCUAAUGGUGGAUUCACACAUGAACUAUACAACUUAUGAUACUGAAAAUAAGAAGCUGAUGUUCUAAAGUUAAAAUUUUUAUUUAAAUGCUCAAAAUAGUCUUCUUAAUUUGUCCAGAUGUUAUCACAGCUUUCUAAACAACUAAUAUUUGUAACACUCAGAUUUCAACCAGAGAAGUAGAACCAAUAGAUGUGUGUGUGUGUGUAAAUGGUUUAAUAAAUAAUUGUACAUUGACCAUAUAAAUCAACCUGUAUUAGUAAUUUAAAAGAUUUUCAACAAGGUUUCAUUAAAUGAGAAGAGCAAGCUACAGAGAAGUAUUUACAGUAUGACCCCAUUAUAUAAACAAAACAGAAUCUCUGUGUAUGAGAACAUGAAGAAAAGCAUGGAAGGAUGCAUACCAUUUUGUUUACGUUAUGUGCAUGUGUAUCACUGCGGGAAGGAAGUGAGAGUGCAUCAAGAGACAUAGAGAGGGGAGGAUAUAAACAAAACCCUCAAAACUGAAGAAAGGGGAAACAACAGAAACACAGUAACAUCUUCUCUUUAUGUAAAUUGAUGUGUCUCUGCACAAAGACAAAUGAAAGGGUGAUAGUCACCAAAUUUAAAAUCAGGUCAUUCCAGAUAUGUUUUCUUGCUAUUGCUUCCCACCACGUUGAACUGAUACUGAUUAAUUAACCAUAAAAAAAAUAAAAUUUUUCAUCGUGAACCAAAG